GUUUCCACCACAUAGACAAAAUUAAAGCACAAUAAACGAUCUUUGUUUCUGUCCGGACACUUGACGCAGACGGACCGUAAUGUCAUGGCGGCGACUGGGAACGAAAGAGAAGAAGCUCAGGGUGAAGAAGAGGAAAAACGACACGUGCUAAAGGGUGCAGUGUUUCUGACCGCGGUGGCGUCUGCAGGAAUGAUCGCAGGAUUUGGCUCCACGUUAGCGCUGGUCAAGAAAAAAAGCCCAGGCUGGUUCAACAAGGGCGUCGCGGCAACGGCGGCGGUCCCGGAGAGCGGAGCGUCCCUGGCGCUCCGAGCGCUGGGCUGGGGCUCGUUGUUCGCCUGGUGUGGCGUCGGACUCCUGAGCGCCACCGUGUGGAAAGUCCUGGGAGUUCACAGCUUCUCUGAGUUCCGACAGAAGACGCAGUCCUUCCUCCCGUCCGUCCCCAGGUCCAACGCAGAGUCUGGAGCCGAGUCUGUGGACUGGGACGCCCUCUUCAGGUCAAAGUGACGCCCUGCAGCCGGGGGACCAAUCACACCAGACCUGUAGCUGAUCAGCUGUUUGUGAGAGACUCGGUGGGACCACGCCCAGUCUCUGUCUCUAGUCAAACCUCACAUUUGAAUUUUAGGAAUAUUACAAUUGUUUACUUUUUUUUGAAUUUGAACGUCAGAUUUAUUUAUUUUUACAUUUCCCUGCGGUUAUGAAAGACUUUUAUUGUGAAGGAGCGUUUGUUGUGAUUGACAGUUUUCUUCACGACAUAAAUGUGAUUAUAUAAAAUAAA